CCCGGCUUAUAUCCCCUGGGUUUCUUCGUCGGAACGAUUUGCCGGAACUGAAAGGCGGCUGGUUCAUCAUUCAAAAAAAGAGGAUCGGUCCAUCUGUUGGGUUGUACGGUUCAUUACCCGUUGCUGCUACCGGCCAGACGCUGACCGCUAGGGUUUCUCUUCGAUUGGCUACCGGUCCAGGGGUUUAGGGCUUUCCCAUUCGCCCGCUGAAUCUAUCUGUUGAACUCUACCAACAAACCAGAAAUUGCUCUUAAUGGAGGAUCCUGAUUCCGAAGCCUCGCUCUAGUCUGUAUGCUGAGCUUAGCGAUUCCGAGAAGGCGCUCAACGGAGCAGUCCGUUUGUUCUCUGUGCGUGUAGCCGUAGGCAAUGGAGGAGGGUGUCGCGUCGAAGGAGGCGGGUGUAGGUUCCUGUUGUGAGAAGUUGAGUGUGAAGUGCUCGCAGUUGGUGGAGGGGCGCAAGAAUCUGAAGAAAGCGGUGGCCAUCCUAAAGGAAUCGAUUAACAAGAUUGAGGAAGAGAAUGCCCGCCUUAAGAAAGAAUGCGAGGAAGCACGGGGCCUUGCUGCCAAUGAGUGUGAGAGAAAACAGAAGGAACUUGAGGUCAGACUUUCUCUUGAGAAGGAGGUUUCUGCUUUGAAGUCGGAGGUCUCCUCCUUGCGCCAGAGAGGAAAUGUAGAUACCGAAGGCAAGGAUGGGGAAAUAAAACUCCUUCGCGAACAAGUUUCUGAAGGGAAAUCGGAGACAAGUAAACUUAAGGAGCUUCUUGAUAAACAGAUUCAAAGGGCAGUUGCGGAGAAAAAGAAUGCGGAUGCAGAGAAAAGAAAGGCUGCUGAGGCACAGAAGAGCAUGAAAACUGAGAAGACUAGGGCUGACAAAGAGAUGAAGUGUGCUGCUACAGAGAGAAAGAGGGCUGAGGAUUACCAGAUCCAGUUGGAAGCACUGAAGAAAGAAUGUGCAGAUUUUCGACAGAAGGAGAAGGAGUUCAUGCUUGUUAAAGAUGGGGCUUCUGAACGAGAUAAGGAAUUAGGUAGGCUGAGGGACUUGCUUGAGAAAGAGAAAACAAGGGCAGAGUUUGCUACUAAGGCGGCAGAAGCAGAAAGGAAGAAUUCUAUGGAAGCUUCUAAUCAAGUAAAGGCUGCAAGUGCGAUUGCUGAGGAACGUUUAGUUCAGUUGGAGGCUUUGAAGAAAGCAGUUGAUGAGGCAAACAUGAAGUUUCUUCAGGAGAAAGAGGGGAAAGAGAAAGAAUCAGCCGCAAGAGCUUCUUUGGAGAUCACAGUGUCUGCUCUGAUGUCUGAAAUCUCUUUCUUAAAGAAGAGUACUGCUAAUGUUCAAGAGACAGAACGGGCCAUAAACGUCAUUCAGGAAAAUGAUUGUGGAAGGGAACUGGAGACAGAUUUGGCUAUGGGGCAUGUUGAGAAACUCAACGAAAAGGAAUGUUCUCAGAGUGAUAUUGCCGAGCUGAAGCCUGGGGAUGCGUCUGAAAGGCUUGUAAAUGCUAGUCCAGGAAAUGCUCAUGCAGAUAGGGGGCUCGGGUUAUUUGAUGAAAAAAAGGCUGAAGGCUGUCUGCUCCAGUUACAGGCACUACUGAAAGAAGCGGAAGAAACUAAGUCAAUGUUAGUAGUUGAAAAAGAGGAAAAAGGUAGAUUAGUUGCUCUAAGAGUCUCUUUGGAAGAAGAGAUUAUGGCCUUAAAGUCUCAAAUCUGCUGCUUACAGCAGAGAGGAGCUGAGGAUAGAGGUCUUCUGCAUGAUAAGGAAAGAGAAAUUAAGCAACUAAAGGAACUUGUUAAUAAAGGCAUGAUGCAGUUGGAUUCUGAAAAGAAGAAAGUGGAAGUGCAUAAGAAGUUUGCUGAUGAAGCAUGCGAACAGUUGAAAGCUGAAAAGUCUAAGCUGACCACUGAAAGUAAGAUUGCUAAGAGUGAAGCAACAAAGGCUGAGGGAUUUCGAAAUCAGUUGGAUUGUUUGCAAAAAGAAUUCCUUACAAUGCAAUCAAAAUUGGCCUCUGAGACCCAAAAGAUGAAGAAAGAGCUGGAAAUGGAAAGGCAAAAUGUGAUCAAAGCGAGACAACUGGUAGAAACUGAAAGUGCCAAAGCAGAUGACCUGAGGAAGCUUGCUGAAGCAAAUGUUAAGAUGGCUGCGAAGGAAAAAUCUCUUGCAGAUGACCUGUCUCGCCAGUUAGAAGAUUAUAAAGCUAAGAAUAAGGAAUUGCAGAAAUGUGUACACCAGCUUUUUCACUCCCUAAAUGUCCCCGAAUUUGCUGGCAAUUCCCCUGCGAAAGUCAAAGAGGCGAAGCUUCUUGAAAAGCAAUUGAAGCUUGAAAAGAUGCGGUAUAAGCAUGCCAAACAAUUGGUUAAGUUUGAAAAAAACCGUAGUGCCAUUCUAAUGCAAGAGCUAGGUAACCUGAGGCAUGAUUUUGCACGAAUUUCGUGUCGCUUGGAUGUCGUGGGUAAAUAUUUCUCCCCAAGCGUUGAAGGUAUUUCAGACGCGAAAAAGGAUGGAGGACUUGGAGAUGUACAAUGUUUGAAGGUGGCGAGAAAAUCAUGUCGCGUUGAACCAUUUCAAAUGAAUACUCAAAAUGGAAGUGAAACUUUCAACCCCAGUUGCACAGGUAUUGAUUCUCAAUUGAAGUCUCUGCAUGGAAGCUCUAGCCCAAAGUUGUUAGCACAUUCUGCAAUGAAUUCGAGUUCGACAUCUUUUUCUGAUGGUGAGUUGGUCCGCUCACAGGACAGGGGUGCUUUUGUUUUAUCAUCUGAGAAAUUGGUUGAAGAUAAUUUUGACACCCAACAGACAGUUCCCUUUAUGUCUGCUGCGGUUAAGGGGUUGCAUAAAAACAUGACUCUUACCAGUAAUCAUCACAAUUGGAAGGACCAAUUGGCUUUUGAUACUAUUGAAUCUGUCAAGCAUUUAUUCAUGGAGGAUAAGAAGUUGCAUCUACAGAUGAAUGAGAAAAUUCAUGUCUUGGAUCAAGUGUUGAAUGGCCAAAAGGAUGUACCUCUGGAAGCGCAAACAGAUUUUGAUCCCGUCAUUCUAUAUGGUUCUUCUGUUAAACAUGAGAGGCUGCACAAGAGGAGAAAGUUAUCUCCCAAGGAGGAUGUAGUUUUGCCAUAUUUUCUUGCUGUGGAUGAACCUGGCAACAGGAAAAUGGUGAGGGAGCAAGUUGUGAAUGAGGCAAACGGUACAGGAUAUUCUUAUCCCAAUGAUGCUUUUAUCACGAUGGCGCAGGCUCGUGGGGACACUUCGCCCAGUUUUGAGGGUAUAGCUGAUGGGAACUACAUGAAAUUACUGGAUUUAGAUGACAUCAAUGAGGAAGAAAUCUACAAGAAUGCAAUGAACAGGCCUCUGUCCCCUACGCUUCCUGAUAUAUAUUCUUCCCAAGCUUUUGUAUCAUGUGAGGAUGAGUCAAGGAAGAUUGAGAUUCGAAGCGUCCUUGAUAAAAAUGAGUCUUUGACUCCUGCCAUUAAUGUAGAAAUGCACUGCGAUGCAUCAAGAGGCAAUGGCCCUACAACCACCCAUGAAGACUCUAUGCUUGAGAAUGAUGGUGUAAUUCGUGAUGUCCGUGUUCAAACUGUCGAAGCAGAAAAGUCUAUGGAUUGUUGGCCUCGGGACUCUAGAUACGGAAUUGAGACAUCACAUAUUCCUGCAUACUGUGUAACUUCUGUUGUUGACACCCGAAGCAUUUACCAGGUUUUACAUGCCACACGAGCUUGUAUGGCUCACUGCAGCUCAAAUACUCGAGCAAACUCCAUGCUGGAGAGAAUCCUGCAAGCUGUCACAACGCAGGGAACAAUGCCAUCAAGGGAGAGAAGUUGUGUACUCUUCACAUUGUUGCUGUGGAACUUCUCUGCGUUGAAGUUGGCGGAUUCGGGAAGGAUUGGAUAUAGGGAUCUGACUGUUCAUGUAGAUUCCUUGGUCAGAGACUUAAAACCAGUGACAUCAAUUUCUGGAGAAAGAAGCUUGUUUGGGGGAGUGUGCUCUUUGCAUGAACUGCUUGGCACCAUUGAGGAUUUUCUCAUCAACGGGACAGUUGUUGAUUACAGCAAUAUAUCUUCAGAGACAUUGAAUGAGUGGAAUUCAAAAUGCGAUGUUGUACCUUGUGACAAAGAGCCGAAGUUCUCCACUAAAUUAGCUACAGUGGAGCAGUUGCUGAUCGGGAGUGCUUUGCUAUCGUCCAUCUGUGUAUCAACUGGGCAUGUCGAGUUUGUCUGUGACACUUCCUUCAAUCUUUUACAGAAAUCUGGAUGUGAUGCUGCUCGUCUAUUGACCAUACUUCAUGUCUUUGCUCGCAUCGUUGGGGAACAGUAUUUCUCUGUUAGCGACUAUGGUUUGACCAUGAAUGUGGUGAGAUCAAUAGUAGGCUGGCUUGAAAGAAGUUCACGGGUUACUCCAAUUCAUACUUGUCUUUCAUCCAAUGAAGCUACUAGACUUCAGUUUGACGGAUGCACGAAAUGCCCAUUUGGCGCAGUAUCGGUAGAUAUAGUUACAUCUGUGCUACUGGAAAAACUCUGGAGUUCUGUUGAUUCUGGAGCCAUACAACAGCAUAGAAGGCAAUCAAAUAGCUCUUCUGAGGCCAAUGUAGUGUAUCGUGAGCACUAUGAAGUUGACUCAGGUAUUAGUCAGUCAAACUCUAUCAUGAAUGCGACACUAGGUGAUACAAGCAAUGUCUUGUCAUUAUUGGAGCUUGUGGCCUGCAAGAUGGGUUGGGAAUGGACGCAAAGCAAAAUAGUGCCCGAGCUGCUGGAAAUGAUGGAGAGACCUCUGUCAAGCACCUUCCAGAUUGCUGUUCUUCUUUUCAUUGGUCAACUUGGGAGGUUUGGGGUUGCUGCUUCUGGUUACGAAGAUGCAGGAGUCGAGAGCCUGAAAAGCAAACUAUCUGGCUUCUUGCGCCAACAGUUGACCAAGGAAUCUAUUAUCCCAGUUCAAAUGGCCACCGUCGCAUCUCUGCUUAGGCUUCAACCUCUCGGCUUUGAGCAGGUCACUGAUGAGAAUUUCAGUUGCUUGGCAGAUGCUGCAGCACCAUCCAUAGCCGAUUUGACUGGAGAACUCGCUAUCAAGAUCUACCACAACCUGCUCGCGUUGAAAAUGGCACCUCCUCUGCUUCUCUUCAUUCUUCUUCUUCCUCUACUCUCACCUUCCCUUGUAGCAUCUUCACUUCCACCUUCAUGGCAAUCCAGUGAAUCCACCUUUCACCAAUGUCUCAACGAUAACUCCAAAUCUCCACUCCCAUUCUCCGAAACUUUCUUCACCCCUGCCGCCAAUUCCUCUGCUUUCACCUCCGUCCUUUCAAACCCUGCUCAGAACCCCCGCUACUUGCUCCCUACCGUCCCCAAGCCCCUACUCAUCUUCCGCCCACUCCGCAUCUCCCACAUCCAAGCCGCCGUCAUCUGCGCCAGAAAGCGCCGGUUCCACUUCAGAGUUCGCAGCGGCGGCCACGACUACGAGGGUCUCUCCUACGCCGCCGAAAUCGAGUCCCCCUUUUUCGUUCUAGAUCUCUCCAAGUUCCGCAAAGUCAAUGUGGAUGUCGCUUCCAACACCGCCUGGGUCCAGGCCGGCGCCACCACCGGCGAGGCUUAUUACCGAAUCUCCCAAAAAAUCCCCACCCACGGCUUCCCCGCCGGGCUCUGCACCAGCUUGGGAAUCGGCGGCCACAUCAUCGGCGGAGCAUACGGCUCCAUGAUGAGAAAAUACGGCCUGGCAGCUGACAACGUCCUCGAUGCCCACAUAAUUGACGCCAACGGCAAGCUCCUGAAUCGUCGGAAAAUGGGGGAAGACGUUUUCUGGGCGAUCCGAGGCGGCGCCGGGGGUAGCUUCGGCGUGAUUGUCGCCUGGAAGUUGAAAUUAGUCCCCGUCCCUAAAACCGUGACGGUGUUCGACGUUCCCAGGACAUUAGAACAGAACGCUACCAAGCUUCUCUUCAAGUGGCAGCAAGUCGCGCCUCAUCUCCACGAAGACCUAUUUGUUAGGGUUGUGGUCAGCGCCGGCCCGAUUGCUAAUUCGACCAAGAGAACCGUCACAGCCACGUUCAACGCCCUGUUUCUGGGUAGUUCCGAUCGGCUACUGAGAAUCAUGGGUUCCAAUUUUCCGGAAUUGGGUCUGAAGAAAAAGGAUUGUUUGGAGACGAGCUGGAUCCGGUCCGUUAUGUUUAUUGGGGGAAUACCCAACACCGUUGCUCCCGAGUUUCUUCUGCAGGGGAAGUGGUUUCUGACCCCGCUGUUUUUCAAGGCCAAGUCGGACUACGUGAGGGAGCCGAUUCCGGUGAAGGCGCUGGAAGGGAUGUGGAGGAGGUUGUUGAAGGAGGACAAUCCGUUUGCGAUAUGGACUCCUUACGGCGGGGAGAUGGACAGAGUUUCGGAAUCGGCGACGCCGUUUCCUCAUCGGAAGGGGACAUUGUUCAUGCUUCAUUAUGCAACGGGUUGGGCAGACGGGAAGGUGAGCGAGGGUAAACACUUGGAUUGGAUCAGGGAGCUGUACAGCUACUUGGCUCCCUAUGUUUCUAAGAAUCCGAGGACUUCGUAUGUCAACUACAGGGAUCUGGAUUUGGGGAUGAACAAGAAGGGCAAUACUAGUUUUAGCGAGGCAAGUGUUUGGGGUCGGAAGUACUUCAAGAACAACUUCGAUAGGUUGGUUCAAGUGAAGACCAAGUUCGAUCCUAGCAACUUGUUCAGGCAUGAGCAGAGCAUUCCGGUCCUUCCAGUUUGA